AUGACCCCCAAGCACACCAGCAAGAAAGCCAGGAAGUGGCUAGAGGAGCAUGGGUUUGAGACUAUGGUAUGGCCUGCACAGUCUCCAGACCUCAACCCUAUAGAACACCUCUGGCACCAUCUCAAAAGAAAGCUGGCAGCAUAUGAAAAUGCACCUGGAGGAAUUGCAGAACUUUGGGAGAGGUAUGCCAGACAGGGUUAG